AGCCCAUCUCUGACACCACUCUUUGACUUCAAACUUUUGAUGUACUUUUGGGGAUUUUAUUUAAGAAACCGUACACCAUUCCAUUUCCAAUCCAUUUAUAUUCUUCCUUCUCAUCUCUUACAUUUGCGUACAUACCCGAGAAUUUGAUUAUACUCCUGCAGGGUUAAGUAAUCAAUCUUCAUACUAUGGGCCGGGUAGCAGUCCUACAUUUCCUCUUAGGAAUUUUGGCUUUGUCAAGUAUAUUUGAAGUUCUUCAUGCAGAAAGCCCGUAUAGAUACUAUGAUUGGGAAGUAACUUAUGGAACAAUAUCUCCUCUCGGUGUUCCUCAAAGGGGUAUUUUAAUAAAUGGGCAAUUUCCCGGACCAGCAGUCGAAUGCGACACCAAUGACAAUGUGAUCAUCACUAUUAAAAAUAGUUUGGAUGAGCCAUUCCUAAUGACCUGGAAUGGGAUUUGGCAAAGGAAGAUGUCGUGGCAAGACGGGGUACUUGGUACUAAUUGUCCAAUUCCUCCACACUCAAACUGGACCUUUAAGAUGCAGGCCAAGGAUCAGAUUGGUACCUAUAUGUACUUCCCUUCCACAUCGUUACAUAGACUUGCUGGAGGUUUUGGUGCAUUCAAUAUUCACAAGAGAUCUGUUAUUGCUCUCCCUUACUUUGAGCCAGCCGGCGAAUUCACCCUCCUUGUUGGAGACUGGCACAACACUGACCACAAGGAACUCCAACAAAUGUUGGACAGUGGAAGCGAUAUGCCAAUGCCUGAUGGCUUGCUUAUAAACGGGGAUCCAAGUAAUUCAGUCUUUACCGGUGAAGCAGAGAAAACCUACUUGUUCCGAGUGGCGAAUGUAGGGACAAUGACUACCAUCAACAUUAGGAUUCAAGGGCAUAUGAUGAAGCUAGUCGAGGUUGAAGGCUCUCAUGUCCUUCAAGAAAUUUAUGAGUCACUCGAUGUUCAUCCAGGUCAAUCUUUGGCUUUCUUGGUGACCCUCCAUGGCUCAGCAAAGGACUACUACAUUGUUGCAUCCACUCGUUUUGCAAGAACAGCUAUAGAAGCUACUGCAAUCCUUCGUUACAAUGGUUCUAAUGUUGAUGCUUCUCAUCCUUUACCUGUUGGCCCUACUUAUCAGGUUCACUGGUCAAUGAAGCAAGCUAGAACUUUCAGAUGGAAUCUGACAGCCAAUGCUGCAAGGCCGAACCCUCAAGGAUCAUACCGUUAUGGAGGAAUCCAAAUAACAAGGACAUUAGUUUUAGAAAACACAGUUGGUGAGGUUGAUGGCAAGUUGCGUUACGGAGUCAACAAUGUUUCGUACAACAAUCCAGACACACCAAUAAAACUGGCUGACUAUUACAACAUUCCUGGUGUUUACAACCUUAACACAAGCAGGGAUAAACCAACACCAGGCCCUAUGGUGUCUGGCACCGCGGUUUACGACAUUGCUCUUCAUGAUUUUGCAGAAAUCAUCUUCCAAAAUAAUGAGACCACCACCCAAUCUUGGCAUCUUGAUGGCCAUAACUUCUUUGUUGUUGCAUUUGGUGCAAAUCAAUGGAGUCCGGAAAUGAGGAUAAAAUACAAUAUGGUUGAUGCUGUCUGGAGAAACACUGUUCAGGUGUAUCGAAAUUCAUGGACAGCAAUAUUAGUAUCAUUGGAUAACAAGGGAAUGUGGAAUUUAAGAUCAGCAAUAUGGCAUAGACAGUACCUUGGACAACAAGUUUAUCUAAGGGUUUGGAAUGAUGAAACAAGCCUCUUUACAGAGUCGGAGAUCCCACCAAAUGCCCUCAAGUGUGGAAAGGCUGCUAAAUUUUAGAUUUACUUUUUCUAGUUUUUAUUUUACUUAUUUUUAUUUUUUAAAAUUAAAAUUUGUGGGGGUUAUUUUAUUAGUUUUCCCAAAAGAAAAAUCAAGUCACAAGGGUGUGACUGUCCAAAAAAAAGGGGGAAAGCAACCUUAUUAGGAAUUUAAUUGUAUGAUUUGUACCUUGAUCAUGUAUCUCCUUGAUCAAAAUUUAUAAGUAAUAAACUAAUUUGUCAAUUUA